AUGGGGUUCUUAUAUGGUGAUCUUCUCCAAGCAAAGCAGGAAAUAGCAGUCCGGCUCAACCAUGUUGAGAAAAAAUAUGGUCCUAUUUGGGAGAUCAUAGAUAGAAGGUGGGAUAACAAGAUGAAAACAGCGCUACACAAAGCUGGUUAUUUUUUGAACCCUUUCUUCUACUAUGAUAGACAGAGUGAAAUGGCUGAAGAAGAUUUCAUGGAAGCAGUCAUAGAGUGUGCAUCUGUUAUGUACAAAAAUAACAUAGAGGUGCAAGACAAUAUUGUCUCCCAGCUUAGUUAUUAUACUGAAGCCAUAGAUUCAUUUGGAACUGACAUGGCCAUUAGACAACGCAAAGUAGCAACUAUCACUCCUGAUGGUGGACCGUGCAUGGAACUUCUGCAAAGGACUUGA